GAAGCUGGUAUGUAUUUUGUAAGGGCAAGAGUCGAGAGAAGAAGAAUGGCGACUGAGAAUGAGAAGAGAAAGCGGAAAGAAAGUAGUGAUGUUAGAAGCAAAAAGAAGAAGAAGCAGAGAAGCGAAGAUGAAGAGGCGACGAAGCAGUUGCGUUUCUUUGAGUCGGCGAUGGGUAUUGAGCUUUCUUCGCUGGAGUUGGAAUCCCUCAAAGAUAAUAAGUGCAUUUUGGAGGUAUCAGAAGCCGCUGAUUCAGACGUGACAGUAUUGGGCAAAACUAUUAGGGCAGCGUUUGGCGCGUCUUGGAAAGAGGCUCUCUGCGAAGGGAAGCCUGUAGAGGGAAAAGUCAUUGCUGGAAGCCCCGCAGUUCUUAUCAUAACUUCUUCUGCUUUAAGAUGCAUAGAUCUCUUAAGAGGCUUUCGCUCUAUGACUGAACAAUGCCAUGCUGCAAAGUUAUUCUCAAAGCAUAUGAAGCUUGAGGAGCAGAUUUCUUUGUUAAAAAACCGUGUUAACAUUGCUAGCGGCACACCAAGCAGGAUAAAGAAGCUAAUUGAUGCUGAGGCGUUAGACCUUUCAAGGUUGCAAGUACUUGUGCUUGAUCUGCAUCCUGAUGUAAAGGGCUAUUCCUUGUUGACCCUUCCACAAGUCAGAGAUGAAUUCUGGGACCUUUUCAAGAAUUAUUUCUAUCAACCGAUGCUUCAGGGUCAUCUGCGUAUUUGUCUCUAUGGUUACCAGGUCUCUGUUCGUUUAAAGGCCAAACAUAAACAUAAACAAGGACAUACAAUUCCCGAUGCAUAAAUCCUCCAUCUUUUGAUUUAGGCAUGUAUUUUUUAAAUAUUAUUUUAUUAAGAUUUCAUUUCAUUUGCCUUUGACAGUCAUGUGUUUAAGCAUGUGUUUGACAGUCAAACGUUGUCAUGCAAGGGUCAGAUUAGUCAGUCAUGUGUUUAAGCAUGUACUUUCAUCUUUCGAGUUUGAACCGAAUACUCCUUCAUAUCAUUCACUUCUUGAAUUUACUAUUUCUUUAACUCAA